AUGGCUGAGAUAGAUAGAGGUAUCCGAUUAGGGUAUGAUGAUAAUGAAAGAGAUUAUAAUCAUGCUACUGAUAGUGAAUAUAAAAGACUCCGUAAUAAGGCUGAAGAAUUAUAUGAUAAGCGUAAACAAUUAAGUUCGCAAUCGCAGCAGGCUUAUAAAAGUGGUGAUGGACAACGAGCUCAUGAAUUGAGUGAACAAGCUAAGAAAGUAUUGGCUCAAGCAGAAGAUUAUAAUCGUCAAGCCGCACAAUAUGUAUUUAGAGAAAAUAAUACUGAUAGUGGACCUGAUGAAAUCGAUUUACAUGGAUUAUAUGUUAAAGAAGCCGAAUAUGUAUUACAACAAAGAAUUGCUAGUGCUAUUAGAACUAACCAAUCUCAUUUAAAUGUUAUUGUAGGUAAAGGAUUACAUUCAGCUAAUGGUAUUGCCAAAUUAAAGCCAGCUAUUGAUCAAAUGUGUAGUGAAUGUAAUUUAAAGCAUCAUAUGGAUCCUCAUAAUUCAGGGGUAUUGGUUAUAGAUUUAACCAAUACUCAAUCUUCUCAAGUUCCAAAUCACUGGGCUCCAGUGUCUCAACCACAUCAAGCCUAUCAAGGUUCAGGGCAACCUCAAUAUUCUCACCAACAACAUCAACAAAAUGGUCAACCUCAAUACUAUCAACAACAACCUCAACAGGGUAAUCAAAAUAAUGAUAUCAUUAACUUGGUUGUUAAACUUAUUUGUUCUUGUCUUAAGUAA